UUAAGGCAUGUGCGACAGAAGCUGAAGUAAACUUCGGGUUUUAUUACAGUAUCAUUGUAAAUAUUAACGUGUUCAUUGUGUGGACGGGUUUACCUCGCUUCAGCAUGGGUGACUCGACCGUGUUUCCUUUCUUUAGACUGGGAGAGUCUCGCUUUGACCAGGGGUCGCUUUAUGGUAGAUUAAGACACUUCCUGGAUGUGAUUGACCCUCGCACACUCUUUGUAUCAGAGACUCGUCUAAAUGAAAGUGUUAAACUCUUAGAGCACUUCAAAGCUGGCACUCUACCCCCAGGUGUGACCAAUGCACAGGCCAUCCUCCAUCCAGAUACCGGAGAAAAGAUCCCCAUGCCCUUUCGCAUGUCAGGUGAGGGUGUGAGCAUACCUCUGGAGUAAGCGCGUGUGUGUGUGCACCGUGGCUGGUCGGCUUUUUGCUCCUUGUUACCGGCCCUGGAGACGUGGGCAGCGUGGCAGGGGGUCUGCGCAAGCUGAGUGAUUGGAAAAGGUCACACUCAGCUGGGCUCUGAUUAAGGCCUCUGCCCCCUGCUGUCUGCAACUGCUGUUGGGCCUCUCAGAAAUGGGAGUAUUUUAGUCUGGUGUUAACACAGCUAUUUAAAGACAGGAAAGAGAGACCCGCUCGCUGGAACGGGCUGAUGGCCUCCACUGGAAUGAACGAUAUAGACUUUUUAGGAUAAUAAGAGUGUUAUUAGCAUAUGAAAGGUCAGUGAUGAUGAUAUGUGAGCACCUAUCCAUAGGAUAAUUAAGAUGUAUAGUGACUUAUACAGCAAGUUAAUCCACAUGGCUCCAUAUUCUGCACUUUCACGUUUUUUUUUUUCGUCACAAAGUAAAGGUUUUGCAUACUUUCCUCUUCUGCUUAACUUUUACUUUUCUAUUACUUUGUGCUUUGUCUUUUUUACGCUCUUUGUUUUCUCAGGUUACAUCCCCUUUGGUACUCCAGUGUGGCUGAACCAGAGCCACAACGCCUGUGUGAACUACUGCAAUCGCAAUGCCUCUAAGCCUACACCAUUCUCAAAGUUCUUCCAAGGGUACCUGGGUGCAGUCAGCAGUGCAGUAACCAUUGCUGUAGGGCUAAAUGUGCUGGUUAAGAGAGCUGAUCGUUUCAGCCCAGCAACACGACUCCUGGUCCAAAGAUUCAUCCCUUUCCCUGCUGUGGCGAGUGCCAACGUGUGUAAUGUGUUGCUGAUGUGCCACAGCGAGUUGUCUGAGGGCAUCAGUGUUCUAGAUGAAGAUGGAAAUGUAGUGGGCACCUCCAAGCUAGCAGCCAGGCGUGCACUGUUUGAGACGGCUGUGACACGCAUGGUCCUUCCCAUGCCCAUUCUGGUGUUGCCGCCCAUGCUGAUGACUGUGCUGGAGAGACUGCCUCUUCUGCAGAGAUACCCUCGUCUUGUGCUGCCAGUACACAGCCUGGUGUGUCUCGGUGCCUUCAGUCUGGCCCUGCCCCUCGCCAUCAGUCUAUUUCCACAAAACAGCCAGAUUCAUGUUUCUCAGCUUGAGCCAGAAAUGUCUGUGGCGACAGAGUGCAAGGUCCUAACCUACAACAAGGGUCUUUAACCAAUCAGGAUGGUGGAACGCCAGGCGAAAAACGCCUGAAAAUUGUGGGUCAGGAGAUCUUCUUCAUCAGAUGGCUGUGAAGCUGUGAGUCCAAAGUGCAGUGAUGUAACGAAGCGUAGCGCAGCUCCACGCAGCCCGGUCAUGCUAAAGAAGGCUGUGAGGACAUUCCUCCCCCUGUGUUUGGUUCUAACCUGCCACGGAUGUGUGUGUGUGUGGAAUUUAUUAUCACUUGCAUACUGCGACAGGCACAUUCACACGCAGGCGCUAAUCACAUUUUUUUUUUGCAUUUGCUUGAAUACGCCAUUGGGUAGUUAAGAAUAUUAACGCCAAAUCAACAGGAAAUUAACGGCUGUAUCAUAAAUUGAGUGCCAUUAUUUCAAGCUUUGUAGCUUUUUCUGGAAGAAAAACAUGAUCAUGCAUUUUAAAAAGGGCUUCAUUAUCACAGCUGUACUGCUAAUACUUCAGUUAUUUUCUGAGAACAGUGUUUACACUUUAGCAGAGAUUUGUGUUUAACAGGCAGGAAAUAGAGACAAUAUUUAGUAUAUUUUGGAGAAUAUUUAACUACUUGACUAUUUAGAUUACCUGAGUAAAUAUAUGUAACAUCCAUUUUAUAUUUUAAAAUUAGACUUACAUUAAACUGCAGAUAAAAGAACAGAAAUCAGUUUAAUUGAAUGUGCACUCCAAGAACCUAUUGAAUAUUCAUACACUACACUGUAGUAUUUUUUUAAGAGUUUUCAAAGAAUUCACAUGUCACCAGAUCAGUACCUGUAGGCUUGACCUCCUCACCAUAUUGAAUAAAAUGAAAUAAAAUGAAAUAAAAACAUUAUAAAACAAAUCUGCAAGAAUAGAAAGAGGCAGAGUUUUGAGCCUUUAUAAUUGUGCCUUUAUUAUUUUUAUAAUAUUAGUGAUUCAUAUUUAUUUAAUAAACUGAAUGAAUUCAUUUGCUGCAUUUUAGUCAUUUAAAGUCUUAAAUAAAUAACACAAAAAGAACAUGAGAAUAUCUACUGAGCUCAAAUUGUGAAUAAAUGAGGCAGGGUAAUUGUUAGAUUAAGUAAAUAUAUUUACUUUAUUUCUUUGUUUACAGAAAUGGGUUGUGCAGUAGCCUAUUAAUUCUGAAAUGGAGUGAAUGCUUCAAGAUGCUUAGACUCUUUAUAAAACUGUUUACUUGAAUAAAAGAAACAGUAUAUAUUCCACCGUGGGUCUAAUCUUAGGUAUGACUGUAUAAUUACAGUAAAGUUGUAAAACCACUUAAACACUAAUGUCAUACUGUUGUUGUACUUAUUACUGGAAAGCAGCAGCAGCUGAUAACAAAUGUGUCACUGCUGAGUCACAGAGUUUAACCUGGAUCCUGGAAAGCCUUGAAACCUGAACCAUAUUCAUCUA